UUUAGAUCUCCCUCCCUCACUAUUUUUCAUUUUCCGACUCAGCAAAAUUCCAUUUUCGCUGUCGCAUUUGCGUCUAUAUAUAAUACUGUACACUUCUUUACUUAGUUUCUUCUGCCUUUAGAAGAACCCCCCCUCUCUCUCUCUCUAGAUCUUCUGUUUCUCUUCGGUUAGAGGGUACGAGGGUUUCUCCUUGCUUUCCAGAUCUCGAGAACAUCUGUGAUACGCCGUCGUCCUUGGCUUAGAUCCGCAGCUUCGAUCUCGAAGCCUUGAUUCGUCUCCAGCCAUGGCGGCUGCCAAUGCUCCGAUCACCAUGAAAGAAGCGCUUACGUUGACUAGCUUAGGGAUCAAUCCCCAGUUCAUUACUUUUACAAAUGUGACGAUGGAAUCUGAUAAGUACAUCUGUGUUCGUGAGACUGCUCCACAAAACAGCGUGGUGAUUAUCGAUAUGAGCAUGCCAUCACAACCACUUCGGCGGCCCAUUACAGCCGAUUCAGCACUUAUGAAUCCAAAUUCUAGAAUUUUGGCAUUGAAAGCUCAACUUCCCGGAACCACUCAAGACCACCUGCAAAUAUUUAAUAUUGAGGCAAAAGCAAAGAUGAAGUCCCAUCAGAUGCCUGAGCAGGUUGUAUUUUGGAAGUGGAUAACUCCUAAGAUGUUGGGUUUAGUUACGCAGUCCUCAGUUUAUCACUGGUCAAUCGAAGGUGACUCGGAACCUGUAAAGAUGUUCGAUAGAACUGCAAAUUUAGCAAACAACCAGAUAAUCAAUUAUAAAUGUGAUCCUUCUGAAAAGUGGUUGGUUUUGAUUGGGAUUGCUCCUGGUUCACCCGAGCGGCCUCAAUUGGUCAAAGGAAAUAUGCAGCUGUUUUCUGUGGAUCAGCAAAGAAGCCAAGCUCUUGAAGCUCAUGCUGCAUCAUUUGCUUCUUUCAAAAUAGCUGGGAAUGAUAAGGACUCCAUCCUUAUUUCUUUUGCUUCAAAAAGCUCUAAUGCUGGUCAGGUGACAUCGAAGUUGCAUGUUAUUGAGCUUGGUGCUCAGCCAGGAAAACCAUCUUUCACUAAAAAACAAGCAGAUCUGUUCUUCCCUCCAGACUUUGCCGAUGAUUUUCCAGUAGCCAUGCAGAUAUCACAUAAGUAUGGCCUUAUAUAUGUGAUUACGAAGCUUGGGUUACUCUUUGUAUAUGAUCUAGAAACUGCCACAGCAGUAUACAGAAAUAGAAUUAGUCCGGAUCCCAUUUUUCUGACAUCAGAAGCUUCAUCUAUCGGAGGUUUUUAUGCGAUUAAUAGGCGGGGGCAGGUGUUACUUGCCACAGUAAAUGAUGCAACUAUUGUGCCUUUUGUCAGUGGUCAAUUAAACAAUCUGGAGCUUGCUGUCAAUCUUGCUAAAAGAGGAAACCUCCCCGGCGCUGAGAAUUUGGUUGUCCAGCGUUUCCAAGAAUUAUUUGCUCAGACCAAGUAUAAAGAGGCUGCGGAGCUGGCUGCAGAAUCUCCCCAAGGCAUCCUCCGGACUCCUGAAACUGUUUCCAAAUUUCAGAGCGUUCCCGUUCAAGCUGGGCAGACACCACCAUUGCUGCAGUACUUUGGAACUUUGUUGACUAAAGGAAAGCUUAAUGCAUUCGAAUCUCUUGAGUUAUCUCGUCUUGUUGUCAACCAAAACAAAAAGAAUUUAUUAGAGAACUGGUUGGCUGAAGAUAAACUGGAGUGUAGCGAGGAACUGGGAGACCUUGUAAAGACGGUUGACAAUGACCUUGCCCUGAAGAUAUUUAUCAAAGCUAGAGUUACACCAAAAGUUGUUGCAGCAUUUGCUGAGCGUCGGGAGUUUGACAAAAUCUUAAUAUACUCAAAGCAGGUUGGCUAUACUCCUGAUUACCUGUUCCUUCUGCAAACAAUUCUCCGGUCUGAUCCUCAGGGAGCUGUUAAUUUUGCCCUUAUGAUGUCUCAAAUGGAAGGAGGUUGCCCCGUUGAUUACAACACCAUUACUGAUCUAUUUCUUCAGAGGAAUAUGAUUCGUGAAGCAACUGCAUUUCUGUUGGAUGUCCUGAAACCUAAUCUACCAGAGCAUGCACACCUGCAAACUAAGGUCCUGGAAAUCAAUCUUGUGACUUUUCCCAAUGUUGCUGAUGCUAUUUUGGCAAAUGGGAUGUUUAGUCACUAUGACAGACCACGCGUUGCACAACUCUGUGAGAAAGCAGGUCUUUACGUGCGAGCACUUCAGCAUUAUUCGGAGCUGCCUGAUAUCAAGCGUGUCAUUGUUAAUACUCAUGCGAUUGAGCCACAGGUUAUGAAAAUCCAAUUAUAUCUGUCUUUUUCUCUAAAUGGUUAUUCAAUGCUUAAUGAUAUGUAUGCAUUUCAGGCACUCGUGGAAUUCUUUGGUACUCUUUCCAAAGAAUGGGCACUGGAGUGCAUGAAAGAUCUUCUACUGGUCAAUUUAAGAGGAAACCUUCAGAUUAUUGUCCAGACUGCUAAAGAGUACUGUGAACAAUUGGGAGUUGAAGCAUGCAUAAGGCUGUUUGAGCAGUUCAAGUCCUAUGAAGGACUAUACUUCUUUUUGGGGUCGUACUUGAGCUCCAGUGAGGAUCCUGACAUUCAUUUCAAGUACAUUGAAGCAGCUGCUAAGACGGGACAGAUUAAAGAGGUCGAGCGUGUUACAAGAGAAUCAAAUUUCUAUGAUCCUGAAAAGACUAAGAACUUUUUAAUGGAAGCAAAACUUCCUGAUGCUCGGCCACUGAUCAAUGUGUGUGACCGCUUUGGUUUUGUUCCGGACCUCACACAUUACUUGUACACCAACAACAUGCUCCGCUACAUUGAAGGAUAUGUACAGAAGGUUAAUCCAGGAAAUGCUCCAUUAGUUGUUGGGCAGCUCCUAGAUGAUGAGUGCCCUGAAGAUUUCAUUAAAGGCCUGAUUUUGUCUGUCCGUUCGCUGCUCCCAGUUGAGCCUCUGGUGGAGGAGUGUGAAAAAAGGAACCGACUUCGUCUACUUACUCAAUUUUUGGAGCAUCUUGUGAGUGAAGGAAGCCAAGAUGUACAUGUACACAAUGCUCUGGGUAAAAUCAUUAUAGAUAGCAACAACAAUCCAGAGCACUUUCUCACAACAAAUCCGUACUAUGAUUCACGUGUUGUGGGUAAAUACUGUGAGAAGCGUGAUCCUACCCUUGCUGUUGUCGCAUACCGGAGAGGACAAUGUGAUGAUGAGCUUAUUAACGUGACUAAUAAGAAUUCAUUGUUCAAGCUGCAGGCCAGGUAUGUUGUUGAAAGAAUGGAUGGUGAUCUCUGGGCCAAAGUUCUUGAUCCUGAAAAUGAAUUUAGAAGGCUGCUCAUUGAUCAAGUUGUAUCCACUGCUUUGCCAGAAAGCAAAAGUCCUGAGCAAGUUUCUGCAGCUGUUAAAGCGUUUAUGACUGCUGAUCUUCCUCAUGAACUAAUUGAAUUGCUUGAAAAGAUUGUGCUUCAAAACUCAGCUUUCAGCGGGAACUUCAACUUGCAAAACUUACUUAUCUUGACUGCUAUCAAGGCUGAUCCAUCUAGGGUUAUGGACUAUGUUAAUAGACUUGAUAACUUUGAUGGCCCGGCUGUUGGAGAGGUGGCUGUGGAUGCUCAAUUGUAUGAAGAAGCUUAUGCUAUUUUCAAGAAAUUUAAUUUGAAUGUCCAGGCUGUUAAUGUGUUGUUGGAUAAUAUUCGAGACAUCAACCGUGCUGUAGAAUUUGCUUACCGUGUUGAAGAAGAUGCCGUCUGGAGUCAAGUGGCUAAAGCUCAACUCAGGGACGGGCUAGUGAGUGAUGCAAUCGAAUCAUUUAUUCGUGCUGAUGAUGCAACUCAAUUUUUGGAAGUCAUCCGAGCUGCAGAGGAUGCAGAUGUGUAUCAUGACCUUGUAAAGUAUCUUCUUAUGGUUAGGCAGAAAGCAAAGGAGCCUAAAGUAGACAGUGAGCUUAUUUAUGCAUAUGCUAAAAUUGAUAGGCUGGGUGAAAUUGAAGAAUUUAUUCUUAUGCCUAAUGUGGCCAAUCUGCCUAAUGUUGGUGAUCGCUUGUAUGAUGAAACUCUAUAUGAGGCUGCAAAAAUUAUUUUUGCUUUCAUCUCCAAUUGGGGCAAAUUGGCAAGUACUUUAGUAAAAUUAAAGCAAUUCCAAGGUGCUGUUGAUGCUGCGCGGAAAGCUAAUAGCGCAAAGACAUGGAAGGAAAUAUGCUUUGCCUGUGUUGAUGCUGAGGAGUUCCGCUUGGCUCAAAUUUGUGGCCUCAACAUUAUUGUACAGGUUGAUGACCUUGAAGAGGUUAGCGAGUAUUAUCAGAAUAGAGGAUGCUUUAAUGAGCUCAUAUCUCUUAUGGAGAGUGGUCUAGGAUUGGAACGUGCACAUAUGGGCAUCUUUACAGAGCUGGGUGUCCUUUAUGCUAGAUAUCGCCAUGAGAAGCUCAUGGAGCACAUCAAAUUGUUUUCUACUCGUCUCAAUAUUCCCAAACUGAUUCGUGCAUGUGAUGAACAGCAGCACUGGCUAGAACUGACUUACUUAUAUGUUCAGUACGAUGAGUUUGAUAAUGCUGCAACAACUGUGAUGAAUCAUUCCCCAGAAGCUUGGGAUCACAUGCAAUUCAAAGAUAUUAUUGUCAAAGUUGCCAAUGUGGAGCUAUAUUACAAAGCUGUGCACUUUUACUUGCAAGAGCACCCUGAUCUCAUCAAUGAUGUUCUCAAUGUGCUUGCUCUUCGCGUAGAUCAUACCCGUGUUGUGGACAUAAUGAGAAAGGCGGGCCACCUGCGUCUUGUUAAGCCAUACAUGGUAGCCGUUCAAAGCAAUAAUGUCUCUGCCGUCAAUGAAGCUCUCAAUGAGAUCUAUGUUGAAGAUGAGGAUUAUGAGAGGCUACGUGAAUCAAUUGACUUGCAUGAUAACUUUGAUCAGAUCGGCCUUGCUCAAAAGAUCGAGAAACAUGAACUUCUUGAAAUGAGACGAGUUGCUGCAUACAUUUACAAGAAGGCCGGGAGGUGGAGGCAAUCAAUUGCCUUGUCAAAGAAAGACAACCUUUACAAAGAUGCAAUGGAGACGGCUUCACAAUCUGGUGAUCGUGAACUGGCAGAGGAGUUGCUUAUUUAUUUCAUUGAACAGGGUAAGAAGGAGUGCUUCGCGUCGUGCCUCUUUGUCUGCUAUGAUUUAAUUCGCCCAGAUGUUGCACUUGAACUCGCCUGGAUGAAUAACAUGAUUGAUUUUGCAUUCCCGUAUCUUUUACAGUUUAUCCGGGAAUACACUGGCAAAGUUGAUGAUUUGGUUAAGGACAAGAUUGAGGCUAUCAAAGAAGAGAAGGCUAAAAAGGAAGAAGAGAAAGAUGUUGUCCUGCAACAGAAUAUGUAUGCCCAACUGCUUCCUCUUGCUUUGCCGGCGCCUCCUAUGCCGGGCAUGGGAGCUCCAGGAAUGGGAGGGGGCUUUGCUGCUCCUCCCCCACCCAUGGGUGGUAUGGGCAUGCCUCCAAUGCCCCCAUUUGGCAUGCCACAAAUGGGGUCCUACUGAUGUGUUGAUUUUUCAUAGCCGGACGUUUCACUUGACUAGAAAAAGGCAUUCGAGGUGGGGGCGUCAUGUUUUCAUAAUCUACAGUGUUUUUCCUCAGCCGCUUGGCUCGCCUGGUCUUCUGGACAUUGAUGGGACAGAUUACAGAGGCCUGCUCCAAGGGGAAAGUAAUUUGAUCGGAGGCUGAGGCUUAGUCCAAGAGAUUAAUUUGAUUUGGUGUUUUGUCUGUGAUAGUGUGGAUAAAUAUUAUAUAUAUAUAGAUAUAUUUCUUUGUAAUAUUCUUUGUUAGUUGAGGCAAUUUUUUUUGCAGCUUUAGGCAAAGCUGAGGAUAAUGUGUACUUUAUACAAGCAAGUGUCCAGGAUUACGAGACAUAUUGUACCGAAUGUUUGAUUUUUCUUCA